AUGACGGUGAACAUAGCUGAUGUGGAGACCCCCAGUGACAUGAUGCCCAAGAGGGAUAAUGAAAGGGACCUGGAGCUGGACAAGAAGAUUGAGGCUCUCCGCAGGAAGAAUGAAGCACUAAUGAAGAGGUACAAGGAGGUGGAGGAGGACAGGAAAAGGGCAGAAGAGGAAGGAAUGGCGCUGCAGAGCCGCAAGGGCAAAGCUGAGGAUCUUACCAUCACAAUCUGCAAGUCUACCAGUGACAGUCGCGUAGUGGUGACGAAGCCAUUCAGCGGUGGUUCACCAGCUGGGAAAGGACAGCAGGAUUCCGGGCCUGAUAUGGGGGGAGAAGGCCCUCCGCAGGGUGCUGGCAAAGGCCACAGGAAGCAGCUAAUGGUCACCAUGGCUGGCAAAAAGGGUAAGAGGGUGGUGAGUGAGAGGCCAGAGAAGAGGCCAGGCCCUGCAGACAUCAAGAGCCCUACAGAUGACAGACAGGCGAGGCGUGUGGAGUCAGUGGGGAGGGGCAAGCAGCCACUUCACAUGACCAAGAGAGACACAGCACCACAGGAUGAGGUUAAACAAGGGCAGAAGCACGCUGAGGAGCAUCACAGGCUUUCAGAGCAAUGCCAGGAGCCUGAAAGCCUGCAGGGCAGCACAGACCUCAACAUCCCCACGUCAAAAGAGGAGCAGGAGGAGUAUGUGCGGUGGAAGAAAGAGCGCGAGCAGAUCGACAGGGAAAGAGUGGCACGCCACAAAAACGCCAAGGGUCAGUGGAGGCGGGCGUGGGACGUGGACAAAACUGAGAACAUGUUUUCAGACAAAUCCCUCCCUGAAAGAGACUGGGGUCCUUCCAGCAGAGGUGGACGAAAUGCUCGAAGAGGACAGUCCAGGGCAGGUCACGAGAAGCGAGGAAAAGACAAGGGAGCCAAAAACGUGCUCGUGAUGAGCAGUAAAGCAAAAGGCAUAGAUCGUCUGACUGGGAGAGCCAGGAGAUGGCAGGCAAAUGAAGACAGAGAGAACCUACAGUCCUCUGACACGACAUUAGAGGAAUUCUUGGAGGAACUCGACGCCCUCACAGACACUGAGGUAGAAGAUCAGAAAGAAGAGGGCUCGAAAAUGAAGCUGUCGCCCAGUACAUCUGAGGAGGUAAGUGGAUCCACAGCUACCCUGAGAGAGGACGCCACCACUCAGGAGAAGGCAGAGGCCUCGCCCGCUUGGGGUUCGGAGAAGAAAGUACGCUUCUCAGAAGAACUCAACCUGGAGGCUCACACAAGGCAAACCACAGGCUCUCAGGACUCUGCCAGCUCAGAACCAAUGAGUGCGAGCUCCUUUAAAGCUUCCUCACAUAAUAAACAACAACAAGAAGUGCAGGAGCCACAGCAGCCUCUUGAAAAUGCCAAGCAGUGCGAUGUUAGUCCUCAGGAUCAGGGAGGUGGUCCAUCUGCUCCUUCUGUUGCCCAGCAGCAGGCUUCUGAAACUGAAUGUACUAAAAAAGACAGCACCCUCUCCACAGCUCCCAGCUCCCCCUCUGUUGAAAAAGCCUGUACCUCUCUGCCAGAGAGCUCUGUCAAGCCUGUAGAGCUUGCCAAGUGCAACAUCAGCAACACAAACACAGAGGAACUAAUAGACUCCGGCCUGUCUGUCCUGAGCCUGGAGUCAGGGGAAACACACCCAACACACUCCACCAGCAAUGACAAGGAAAGAGAACAUGGGAAGAUUGUUUGACGUUUUCAGGAUGUAAAUACUGAAACCAAAUCACAGUGACACAGAGCCUUGCCUCUUUGUAUUUGCAUUUUGCUUCAGGUAGCUCAUUUGAGAUACCCUGUUUGUGGCUUAUACACAAAAUAAUGGUUUACUUUUUGCUGUGGCGUGUCCCACCUGUGGAAGUUUUCAAAUUGUCAACAAAUUUGAUGAAGGAAUGGUGAACGUCUUUCCUGCUCAAAUAUUUUUUACAUCCAAGCACUUUAUGAGUAUAAAAGUAUGCAUACUGACACAUUAUUCAGCAUGUUAGUACACUGCUUGAGUGCAAUAUCAUUGAAUGUUUACAUUUGUAUGAAAAUGUCAAGGUACAUAUCAGGAGGCUAACUAAUCACUUAGAUAGCCCUUGAAAAAAAACUUCAGCCACUGUCAAAUGAUCUAGUGCCUGAUUCUGCCUUAGAGGUAUUUUCAAUAAAUGAAGUCUGUAUUAUAUGAUGAUUCGGUAGUGAAAGAGCUACAGUAGAGUCUGAAUUUCUACACUCUACACUUGAGUAGAUAUUGUUUAUUAAAAGCUUCCAUCAGUCAAUGGCCUUUCACCAAUUUAGAAAUCAAUACACUAUUAAAGGGCACAUUUGAGAUUUUUGAGAUUGUCUUAUAGAGUGUGCACGGAUGUUUUGACUUAUUUUUGUAUUUUUCCAACCCAUGAGUUUAGCGUGGCCCUGGUUGUCUCGACAAAAAGAUUAUUGAUUUUGGAUUAUUGCAGAAAAUAAGCUCUGCAGCAAACAAAAGUUUAUGAUACUUUUUGUUCAGCAAGAUAAUCUUCACAAAUGAACAAGAAAUGUUACUAAGUUUAUUAUAGGAAAUGUAGUAUCCAGGGUUUUUGUAGCUUGUCCUGUACUAGGGACUAAAGUCAGGAUAUCUCAGCCUCUGCUACAUAGAUUCAGACUAUUCUUUUUUAAUCUGUAUCUCGAAAGUCCCGCAACUUUAUAAAAUACAGAUUUAAAUUGCUGGAGUACCCCUUAAGCUAACAGUCAAGUAAUAGCAAAAUCCACAUUACUGGCAUAAAAAAAUGUGCCAAAUCUUGACAAGUAAUCAGUAACACUGUAGAACUAAAAUCUCAAACUUGCCCUUUAACACAUUGUUACUCUUUUCCUUGAAAUUGGCACAGUUUUACAGCUGAAUCCCAAUUAUCUGGUCUUCCUCAGACUCUGUUUCUUCCUAAUAUUGAAUUGUAAGUUAUGUCUGUAAUUUUAUUAAUUUAAACAGUGGACAGCAGAGACAUUUAAGUCAACCUUUAGUGUAUCAAAAACUGAUUUGGGAACUAAUUUCUGUAAUAGUUUGCUCAUGCUGUUUUUAAAGGCGUCCCAGAAGAUAACAGUCUCCAACCUUUUGCUCUGUAGAAGCUUUUGGCCCCUGUGGGACCGACAGCCUUGAGAGUUUAGCCUUUAGUCCACAGUCAAAACACUGGGAAUCAGCUGCAUUUCCCUUUUUGGCAUUGUUUUGUAAUUUGUUCUCUUUUAUAAUCAUGAAAGACAACUAAUAUUUUUGAAAAGCUGAUGAUUGUUGAUUGUUGUGCCUUGCAUAUCGGCUUCUUCAAGUAUUGAAGGUGUACCUUUAUUUCAUGGCUUGUACCUGAACAUACAGUAUUGUUAAAUGUGCUGUACUAACAAUUUAGCAUCAGCAUUGAUUUUAUUUAUUUGCCUCUCCACUUGGACAACAGAAUGUUAACUAGAAUGAUUUAUACGUAUCUGAACAAUGUCUAUGUGCAUUAUGGUAGCUGUUUUUGCUCUGUGACAAGUAUGGAUUUGUUUGUAUUUAUUGCCAGUUUAUGACUUUAUUUUUGGUAUCAAGUGACAACUAUAAUAAGAAGCCUUACAAGACUCUACUCGAAUAAGUUUUUGGCUUUCGUCAGUGCUACAAUAUAGUAAACAGUUAUGUAACCGUAAGUAGAGAACAUAGUGGACAUGCUCUGAGCUUCGGGGCCCUGUCAGCUUCAACUGUGGUUACAUAAAAUACAAAUAAUCAGGAAUCUAGGAGAAGCACACUGGGAAUACCAACAAGCAAGUCACACAGUUUUGGGCAAAUCUAACCAUCAAGAAAGAAAGAGAAGGGGCCUUUUUAUAUUUUUAUUAUAUAUGGAUUUUGAAUGGGUGGAACAUCUGUUUGAAAAACAGGUCAUACAGAUUACCUGUGAAAUAUUUAAAAUUCCAUGUGGGAUUCAAUUUAGUGAAAUGAAAUUUAGGACCUACAACCAUAGAACAGUUGUGCAUUUUGUCCUUGUUUAGCAUUUAGUUAUUAGAUAUCUGCAUUGUCAACCUUGCUUAAAUGUCAAAUUAAUGAGGGUUUUUUGCUUUUGCUGCACCUGGGUGUCCACUGCUGUCCUCCAUUUUUUUCACAUACACUCAUAAAGGAAGGAAUAAUUGUGAGUGCCUGUGUUUGAGAGUGUGUGUGUGUGUGUGUCAAGGUGUGAUCCAUGCUAAUUUAAAUCUGUGUGCAACAUAGUUUAAUUUACUGUAGAUCAGCUUGGAAGGAGGCAUACAGGACAUCAAUAAAGUUUUUCUGUAUUUCAAACUCUCAAA